AUCCAAAAGAUUCCAUGUUCAUAAACUUCCAAAAGUCAGUUAUUAUAUGGUUGUCAGGUUGAGGGAUAGAGAUUCUCUUUUACACCGUCGGUUCGCUGAGUCAGCAUGUGACAGAUCCGAGUACACAAAUGGAUAAGCCUUUAACUCACUAACCAAGCCCAACUAACCAUGGUUAAGUUAAGCUCUCGCCUCCCUAUAAAUAGCCAGGUCAUCCAAUCCGCAAUCCAUCGAUUAUUCUUAACCAACACACAACUACACAAGCAAUAAACAUAGCGUUUUGAAUUUGAUAAUGGCCUUCUUGUCUUCUCUUUCAUCUCUUAGCCCCUCCGCUCAUUUCAUUGGCUCACGGUUGCCCAUCGACGGUGCCCGUUUGCCGCCAUCUACCGUCAGCUUCCGUCCACUCCGUGUCUCCGCCGUUUGCGCCACGACCAAAGAGAGAACAGUGUCCCACAUUGCAUCUCCAGGAUCACUUUACGAAGUUCUUGGGAUUCAGAUGGGCGCCACGUGUCAAGAGAUCAAGGCUGCUUAUAGGAGACUAGCAAGAGUUUUGCAUCCUGAUGUUGCAACUAACAGUCAAAGUGAGGAGACAACUUACGAAUUCAUAAAAAUACACGAAGCUUAUGAAACUCUUUCCGAUCCCGAGAAAAGAGCCGAUUAUGACCGCUCGCUGUUCUGGCGAGGGCGGCAGAUGAGUUCUCCGAUUGUAACGUCGGCGACAGCAACCAAAAUGACGAGUUCUUCAGUUUCUGGGUUUUCCAGGUAUACAAGGCGGAAAUGGGAAACCGAUCAGUGUUGGUAGGAGAAAAAGCUGGGAAAGCAUCUGUUUGCUUAGAAUAGGCAGUGAAUCUGAUGGAUCUAAUCAUUAAUUGCUUAGGAUAGUAGAAAAAAUAGCCAGGGAAAACUCAUUUCUGUGGGAUUAUUGUAAAUAGCUAAGAUUUGAUUCCAUCUGUAACAUGUAAACAGGCGGCAUUUUUUCAGCCUGUUGGUCAAUUUAGCGCCACCAUCAGUCUUUGGGUUCAAUGCAACAAUUAAUUAAGCU